GUAUAUAAAAGGCAAAAAUACCCCGAAUAAGAUCGGACGACCAUAUCUUUCUGUCAGUAUAUUGAUUCCUCCAUCCAACGACCUAUACUCUCUGGCCAAUAUCCACCGGAGAUAUUCCAUCGACGGUCACCAUCAAACGCAGGUGUGGGGCCCACCACUUCACCUUUUCUGCAUAUAAAUAUAAAUAUACCUCAUCUCAUUAAUCCGGUCCUCUCUGCACAAUUCCAAAAUUGCAAAAUUGGGACUCUCUCUCUUUCUUCUCUCUCUCUCUUCACAACUUCCCACGCUUCCUUUUUCACACACAAAACACACAGUAUUUUUCUUCUAACUUACACUUCCAGUCCUCAUCACCGGAGAUGAAACCGGCUUUUGAGCACAUGAGAAGAAUUUCUAGGUACAGAAGCUGGGCCCACUAGUCGGAGGAAAAAAGAUACGACGACGGCGUCGCUCUGAAAUAAUGGACGGUCAGAAAAUCCAGGCGAAGCUUACUAGGACCCACUCCUCGCUCCUCCGUUCAUCCCCCACCAUCCGCUCAUCAAUCCACAGCUUAUCUUCCGUGAGCGACAUCGCAUCUGAUCAGGAAACGGAAGACCUGGAGGAGCAAAAGCCCCACGGCAAACUAAGCACACCACCUGUUCGAUCAAUUGCCGCGCGUUCUGCACCGGCCCUCGCAUUCGUCCUCUUCUCCUUUUACACGCUUUUCGCGUUCUUGUACUGGGAUGACGUGUCCACCUCGGAGAAUCUACUCCUAGCUCUAAUCUUCAUCGCGGGUCUGCUGUUCUUUGUCUCGAAGAACAAGGCCCUAAUCAACGAAACCUUCAACUUCUGCAAACAAUCAUGCGUCAAAAAAAUGUGUCUUUCUUGCUUCACAUCCAAGAACAGCCACUCCAAACCGGUUCAGUGGUUCAUCGGGGAGUCAAACUCGAACAGGAUCGAAAGAGAACACAGUUUCAAAAAGAUUGUAAGAGAAGGGGUGGAGUUCUACAGCAAUGGCGAUUUCUACGAAGGGGAGUUUCACAAAGGUAGGUGCAACGGCAGCGGGGUGUACAACUACAUUGUGAAGGGCAAGUAUGAAGGAGAUUGGGUAGAUGGUAUGUACGAUGGUUAUGGUAUCGAGAGUUGGGCGAGGGGGAGUAAAUACAGAGGGCAAUAUCGGCAGGGUUUAAGGCAUGGCUAUGGUGUUUAUAAGUUUUACACAGGUGAUACAUUUGCUGGAGAGUGGUUCAAAGGGCAAAGCCAUGGUAUUGGAAUCCAGACUUGCGCAGAUGGCAGCUGUUACAUUGGGGAAUUCAAAUGUGGUGUUAAACAUGGUAUUGGUUGUUACCAUUUCAGGAAUGGAGAUAGAUACGGUGGGGAGUACUUUGGAAAUAAAGUUCAUGGUUUUGGAGUGUAUCACUUUGCCAAUGGUCACUGUUAUGAAGGAUCGUGGCACGAGGGGCGUAAGCAAGGCUAUGGUAUGUACACUUUUCGAAACGGUGAAACGAGGUUCGGUGAAUGGGAUAAUGGCAAUCUCAAGAUUUCUCUUCCUCCUCUUACAGAUGCUAUUCUUCGAGCAGUUCAGGCUGCUAGAAAUACAGCAGAAAACGCAAUUCGCCUUCGACGGGUGGAUGAAGAAGUGAACAAAGCGGUGGCGGCUGCAAAUAGGGCCGCCACUGCCGCUAGAGUUGCUGCGAUCAAAGCUGUUCAGAAUAGGAUUCAUGGGAAAUUUUGUGAUACUAACAUUUGAAAUUUGAAAAAGAAAAGAAAUUACUCGGUUCUGUCCAAAGGGACGGAAUGGUGGGCCCCGAUAGGCAAAAAAUGAAGUCAUCGGAGGUUUUCGAGUAUAUGUUGAGGUUUUGUUUGUGUCUAUACAAUACAGUAACGUUGUACAUAGAUCCAUAUUGUAUACACUGUCUUGAGAAAAAAAGAAAUGAUGAAUGCAAAAAAGUUGGCUCCUUUUUGCUCCAGUUCCACUUGCUUGAUCAUAUAUCUCAAUGAGAGUGUUUGUUUUUU